AAGAAAAUUUGCAGUUCAAAAUCCAACCACCACCACACCUUUUGACUCGUUGGCAACCACUCACUGAUUCUAAUUUCUAUAUAUAAACGCAAGGGUAGCUCUCUGUUUUUCACUGAUUCAUAUCGAAAUUAAUUAGCUUCAUUUGCGAGGAAAGAGAUGGAAGCAAUAUCAACUGGAUCUGAUGCUCGUUUUUAUUUUCAAGUGGGAAAGAUGAAAAUCAGUGAGGGAUUCAAGCAUUUGCAAGAUUUAGUUGAAUGGUGUAAGAACAACUCAAGCCCUGAAAAUGAUAGAAUCCUCCAUGACACCGUGACCUACCUUCAAUCUCUUCAACCACAAAUACAGGAAAUUGAAUCUGCAGCACAUCAAGGAGGAGCAACACCUGCAUCUUUCAAUGUCCAUGGAACAGAUCUACAACGUGGGCAGGUGAUCGAAUCUUUAGCACGGCAGGGAGACGCAUUUGUAUCUAAUCCCCACAUCAAUGAACAGGAAAUCACUCAAAUAAGAGAACAAAAUGUCAACUUUAAACCUAUUCCAAGUCCAGAGAUUAAUGUGGGGAUGAAUAAAAAACGAAAAUUGAGGUCAGAUGUUUGGAAUCACUUCACAAAGUAUGAAAAUAAAGACAAGGAGGUUAAGGCCCAAUGUCACUACUGUAAGAAAAAUUUUGAUGGAUCAAGUAAGAAUGGAACUACACAUCUCAAAAAUCAUCUAAAAAGUUGUUUGAAAAAUCAAGAUAAAGUAACAGAUAAAGCGAAAGAGUUGAGUGUGGUUGAUCAAGAGCUGAAUCACUCUAAUUUGGCACGAAAGUUUCUUAAAUAUGGGUGGGACAACAUAACAGAUAAUAUAAUGAAGGUUUAUAAAGAAGAGAAAAAUAAGUUACACAGAUAUUUAGAUAAACUUUCUGGUCGUUUUAAUGUAAUAAUUGGAAAUGAUAUUGCCUAUGGUGUUGAGUUUGUGAAGAUUUGGUUUAUAGAUGAUGAAUGGAAAUUGAAAACGAGGAUUAUUCAUUUGAAGAAUUAUGAUGAUUAUAAAGAUCUCUCAAAAGAAGACUCUCUAAAGUGGUUGAUUCAAGGUUGGAACAUAGAUAAAAGAAUUUUGUCUAUAGUUGAUCACAGGGAGGAUUCGUUAGAAGAUUUGACACCUCAGCUUACCAAUUGGCUUAAAGAAAGAGUUUCACUUCCUGUCAUCGGGAAUUAUGAGACAAAUCAUCAUUUAUUAUUUGAUAUUGAAUGUGAAGUAGACUUUGUGGAGAGCGAAAGUGAUAUUUCGUCCGAAGUGAGGAAACUCAGAGAGUACUACAUGACAUCAUCAAACAAGUUUGACAUAGCGGCAAAACAAGUUGAGUCCAUGGGUAAAAAAGUGACUUCCAAUUAUGAUGAUGUUCGUUAUCUUAUUGGUUUCCAACUGCUUGAUUGGGCAAUGGGAUAUAAAGAAGUAUUUUGUGAACUGAAGCGCAUAGAUCCUGAUUUCACGUCUUCCAAUUUUGAUUGGGAUGACGCUACUUCACUGCACAGUUUUUGGGUACUGCUUCAUGAUAUACAAAAUGAUAUUUGGACAGUGAGAGAUGAUUCUAAGUUGGCAAAUGAGUGUUUCCCUACGGUUUAUCACUUUUUUUCUAAGAUGCUACGGCUCAAAAAUACUGAAAAUCAGUACUUUCGCUUUGCUGCAUUACUUUGCAGAGAAAUUUUUGAUAAAUAUUGCAACAACUCUAAGUUGGUAAUUGCAAUCACAGCGAUUCUGGAUCCAAGAUUUAAACUAGAUAUUGUAGAGAAAUUCUACAAUGAAGUUUUUGAAAAUGAGAGAGACUUACACUUCAAGAAAAUCAUGGAUGAUGUUACAAAUAUUUACAAUGAAUAUGCGAGGGAUGUCAACAAUUCUUCCAUGGACAUAGCAAAUGCAAACGAGGCUGCUUCAUCAAAAUCAGAAUUCGAGCGCUAUUUGGCAGAUCCUAUGGUUUCUCCACAUGAAGGCUUUGACAUACUGGAAUGGUGGCGUGCGAAUUCUCCAACUUAUCCAACACUAGCUGCGAUGGCCCGAGAUUUCUUAUCCAUUCCUAUUGUUAAUGAUCUUGAUAUGUGUUUUGAGGAUGGCCUCGCUGAUAUUUAUCGUAGGAUCAAUAUCGAUUUCAAUGUUUACUUAAAAGAUGUUUUGGCAUAUAUAAAAGUUUGGUUAAACGACCAUGAUUGUAUGUAA